GUCCUUUUUCUCUCACUACAUCCACAGCAGCCCGUCUGGUGUGUUCGUGUGCCAGCUCGCUCUCCCAUUUUUUUGAGUAUCUCGUCUCCCCAUUUAUUUUUGUUUGAUUAUUUGUGCACUCGCUUCGAGCUCUCUCGCUCUCUCCUCCCCUCCUCUGCCACUACACACGCGAGACACUCGACCAAGGUAUCAACGUCAAUCUACCCCGCAAAUCAAACGAGGUGUCAUCGCAAAAGGACAUUGUUUCCAAGUGUGGGCCAGCAUCAUAAAAAAAAAAAACUGUCAGUGAAAAAAUUUGCAUGUGAAAAAAUCGUCCUUUGCGCAUCGAAAAAGUGAGUGAUCAAGUGGCCUUUUAAAGACAACAUCUACCAGCUAAGAAUAACCACAACAAGUCGUCGAUAAAAAACAACAACAACAACAACAAAAAAAAAAAAAAAAAAAAAGGCAGAAAAAACUCAAUUAACGGACAUGUGCGACGAAGGAUCACCGUUUGGUCUGUCUAGCGCCCUAGACCGGUUGAGCGCCAUGAAUGCUUCCAUGUCAUCACCAAGCCUGGCUGCCCAGGUGGCGGCCUAUCACCACCAACAGCAACAGCAACAACAGCAGCAACAACAGCAUCAUCACCAACAACAACAACAACAUCGUCAUCAACAGCAGCAGCAGCAGCACUUGCAGCAUCAACAAAGCCAACAGCUUGUGCGCAAUCAUCACAUGAUGCAGAGCUCACUGGCGCACCAACACGCAGCCGCCGCCCAUCAUUUUGCGGCUUUCGGCCCGGUCGGCGUCCAUCAGCCGCAUCACCACCCGUCAGUCCAGCAUCACGUGGGCAACGUUCUCAAUUCGGUGCCGUCAUCACCGGAAUCGUCGCCCUCGAGUUCGCCGAUCCCGCAUCAUCAACAGGGCCAGCCGUUGCGCGAUCACUCGAUCGGAUCGCUGUCCAUCAGUUCGGGCUCAUCCAUGAUCCAUCAGCAAUCGGUGGCCGGUAUGACGAUGGGCGUCGGCGGCAAUAAAACUGGUUGCGGCAACAAGAACAGUGAGGAUCACAUCAAACGGCCGAUGAAUGCCUUCAUGGUCUGGUCUCGUCUUCAGCGCCGCAAGAUCGCACAGGACAAUCCAAAAAUGCACAACUCGGAAAUCUCCAAACGACUUGGCGCCGAAUGGAAACUGUUGACCGAGGACGAGAAGCGGCCAUUUAUCGACGAAGCCAAACGACUAAGAGCUCAACAUAUGAAGGAACAUCCCGACUACAAAUACCGUCCCCGUCGCAAACCCAAAACUCUUCGCAAGGAUGGCUACCCGUAUUCGCUACCUUAUCCAUCUGUUUCCAUGGACGCGCUCCGUGCAGGUAUGGCCAACCCAAUGUCACAAAUGAACUCUUACUAUCCGGGCGCCGCAGCCGCCUAUAGUUCAUUGAGCGCAGCUAGUAUGGCCGCCGCCGCCGCAGCCGCCGCCGCCCAGCAAAAUGCAAUCGCUGGUCUGGCCAAUCCAAAUUCACAACAGGUUGGUUCAUCGCUGGAUCGCUACUCGGUCGAAGCGGAAAAAUAUCGCGCUGCUGCCGGUUACAUGGCAGGUCAUCACAAUCUUUACGGACACGGCACAGCACCGGUUGAUCCCGUAACGGCCGCCGCCGCUGCAAAGUACCUGGAAUCGUCCGGCAAAGGGUUCAACACGAGUGGAAGUAGCACCGACGGUGGCUCUCAAAAGGGCUCCGCUUUCCUGCCGGAAUUGAGCGGAGGCAAAGCGAGCGACAGCAGCAACUAUCACAACGGCAACAACAACAAGAGCUACUCGGAGAACGGCAGCAAUAGCGACAAUUCUGCCGCUGCCAAGGCCUACCUAGAAACGGCCAAAUUGUACAUGGACUCGAAGAAUUACGCCGCGGAAGUUCAACGGGCCUAUAUGGACGCUGCAGCCAAGUCCAUCUACGGCGAUGGCAAGAUCCAUGACCAGCACAACAGCAGCAGCAACUCGGAAGGCGGUGGUGCGAGUUCGAUGGACGGCUCAGGGACCAUCAAGGGCGAACGCUCCGACGGAUCAUCUCCGACGGGCAUCCAUUCGUCCAGCUCUCCAUUCUCAAACCCGUCGGCUUUGGCCAACUAUUACAGUCAAGCGGCCGCGGCGGCCGCUGCCGGCCAGGCUGCCAGUAGUUCCGUGGCCAACGGUGCGGCGGCCGCAGCAGCUCUUUCGGGCAUCGUUCCACUGUCGCUGUCCCAAUACGCUCCACCCACCGGAACUUACCCAUCAUCUGGCGAGUACAGACGACCACUGCCUGUUAUUUUCUAAAGUAGAUCCUUCAAUUCUUUUGAAAGUAAAAAGAAAAACAGAGAGAUACGAUUCCCUACACUUUAGCUGUCGAGAUAACUGCGUCGCGUUGAUGCGUUACGACAUGAUUCAGCAUUGAAAUUUCCUUCUUGUUUGUUGCUUUUUCUUGUUUGACAAAAAAAAAGGAAAGAAAAAGGAAAAGGAAAAAAGAAAAAAAAAAAAAUCUUUGCUACAAUAGCCUGUAAGUAGAACAGUUUCAAUUAUUUUGACGGUUGAAGUGUUUUCCCAUUAAAACGAGAUUCCGAGAAAUUAUUAGAAGAUAAUGGGGGAAUAGAUUCAAAAGGGCGUCUUUAGUUAGAAACCUUGAGGGAUACGCCCCCCACAUCUGCUUUUCAUCCUUCAAUCUCUCAAACAAAAUACAAAAAAAAAAAAAAGCAAAUGACUUCAACACCAUUCUAAUAUCUGUGAUUCGUGUCGUAAAGUUUGUCUGCCCCACGCAGAACAAAACAAAAUUAUAUAUAAAACAAAAAAAAAAACAAAAAAACAAAACAAAUAGAACAAAAAAAAACAACAACAAAAUAA